GUUCCUUGCUCUACAAAACUGCAUUUCCAGAUACAGCUUCAGAUGUCCAUUUCACGAUUUCACAGAAAGCAUAAAUUCAAGAACACCGUUUCCUCUCACAUAAACUGCUAAAAACGACGUAAAAUUCACUUAAACCAAUUUAUUACAGCAUCGGAUGAUUUAAUCAAGUCAGCUGUGCCCCAUUACCCUGAGUAGGACGCACGAAAAUACCUUACACAAUUUCUGAAACCGUUGCUGCGGAUGGACCGAAUACGCCUACAAAUAACAGUUCCAAUUGUUUCACAAACUGAAAAAUGGCGAUCCCACGCGGAGCCAAUAGAAGGCGGUGCCGCACGACCUCCAAAAAACACCCCAUUGGUCCAUUCAAACCCCACAGUACCACUCGACCAAUCAGAAAGCUUAGAGGAAGUUCGAGUCAAACCAGUUCCAUUUUAGCUCCGACGGCGCGCGCACGCGUUUCAAAUUUGGAACGGCUGGCAUUCAAAUUCGAAUUUUCUAGCGCCUUUGAGUGUUUGUUUUUAAAAAAAUGUUUUAUAGUGUCGUAUUCUGAUUUUGCCGGUUUUUUACGGUUAUUGUUUUAAGUAGGUGUGUUUCGUCACUGCAAGGAUAUUUUUAGCAUUUAGCUUGUUAAAGCUGUUGGCGUGAGACGGAUCUUAAUAUAGCUGUGCGCACUUGUGUAUUCGUCGGUCCGAGACUAAAAUGAGAAAGAAGAGAAAAAAUAGAUUCACGUGCGAUUAAUAAAUAAAACUCAAAACGCAUUUAAAAUCCAUUUAUUAAUUGUGUAAGUGAACGUUGAGCCAGACAGAGACUGGGUACUAAUGAGAGGAAAAAUUAACAUUUGAAGUGACCAAAUAUUGACUCUAUUUACCGGUAAAAAGAAAACCAACUCGGAUUCAAUACAAACUUCGGCGCUUUUCGAAAUCCGAAAACAAAUAAUUACCGCUUCAAGGUGCCCGGUUUUGUUUAAACAUUUUUGGGACUGCUGCCUUUCCCUGUUUGUAUAGCUGCCUUUAAAGGCUUUUUAAAAACAAAACGGUGAAACAAACACGGUCGCAUUUAAGACUAAUAAAAAACGCCUCAAACAAAUGCAUUUUAGUGCGCGUCAAAAUCGAAUUCCAAAUUCGAAUCGCAUAAGGCUCGCCAUUCUUUAACUUUGAUGUGGAUUGUUUAGCACCGCUAAGUGGUGCUAAUUUGUGGUGUCAAAUUGUGGUGUCAAAGUGGCAGGAGACGAGCAUUUGGAUAUGUUGGGGGGCCCCGAGUGGGGGCAGCGGGAGGCCACCCCCCCCAGAGACGCUCCCCUGCCGAGUUUCGGCUUCACACAGGAGCAGGUUGCCUGCGUAUGCGAGGUCCUUCAACAAGCCGGCAACAUUGAGCGGCUCGGCCGCUUCCUCUGGUCGCUCCCAGCCUGCGAGCGUCUCCACGCCCACGAAUCAGUGCUCAAGGCCAAAGCCAUGGUCGCCUUCCAUCGGGGGAACUUCAAGGAGUUGUACAGGCUGUUGGAGUCACAUACGUUCAGUCCACAUAACCAUGCAAAACUGCAAACCUUAUGGCUUAAAGCGCACUACAUGGAGGCAGAGAGGCUACGCGGGCGACCGCUCGGAGCCGUCGGAAAGUACCGAGUCAGGCGCAAGUUCCCGUUACCGAGGACGAUAUGGGACGGCGAAGAGACUAGCUACUGCUUCAAGGAAAAGUCGCGGUCAGUUUUACGAGACUGGUACAUACACAAUCCGUACCCAUCUCCACGCGAGAAGAGAGAAUUAGCGGAGACAACAGGUCUCACUACUGUACAGGUUUCAAAUUGGUUCAAAAAUAGACGACAAAGAGACAGACAAGCAGAACACAAAGAUAGUGGCAACCCCAACGAGAAGCAACUAGACUCCUCAUCUGACGACGACAGUGACGCCGCCCCCACGCACGCUCUACCGGCGCACGCGCCGCAACCGCUCUACCCACUCUACGACCAUCCUCUACAUCUACACUACCACCACUCGUGACCGCACUAACUAUAGUAAACAUGACCGCUCCUCUGUCUAUCGUGACCGUACUAGCUUCAAACCCCAACGAGAAGC